GUUCGUAAGUUACCUGUGGUGGCUGUGACGGGGGUGAGAGGAGAGGAAGUGGCACUGCCCUGUGAAGUAUCUGGCACUCCUCACGAUGACCUCUACCUCUUGCUGUGGUUCAGGGAGCCUCUCACCACCCCUAUCUACAGGUUGGACGAGAGGUCAGAGGAGGAGACGCAGUGGUCAGAUGAACGCGUGCUGGGACAGCGAGCCAGCCUUGACCUAAGGUCAUCUCCAGCCGUGCUCCGGGUCACUUCCCUGACCUGGGCUGACCAGGGCCUCUACACCUGUAGGGUCGACUACCGUCUACAGCCCACCAGGACUACGAGAGUCAACCUCACCGUCGUAGCGCCGCCUGAAGGGGUGAGUAUAAUGGCCGGUGUUCCGAACGCCUCGCAGGCAGGACACAUUAGCCUGGGUGGACCUUACCUACUGGGAGAUGUCCUCAGCUUCACCUGUGUGGCGCAUGGAGGUACUCCGCGUCCUAGCGUCGUCUGGUACCGGGGUGCGCACCUCCUGGACGCUCUCAUGGAGUCAGAUCUCCUACAGGAAGGCGCUGACCAAGUCUCAGAGGCUCCUGGGCCGACAGCACUCCCUCUGGGGGACACCACGAAGGUGAUGCCCUAUGGUGGUGAGCCCUUCAACACGCUUCACUUGCAACCUCUCAGACGCGACCACCUUCUGCAGGAGUUCAAGUGUGAAGCAUCUAAUACUAACCUCACACUGCCCGCAUCCUCCAUCCUCACCCUCGACAUGAACUUGCCGCCCUUGAGCGUGGCGAUCCAGACUCCUGACGACCAGCUCCUGAGGGCGGGACGGGAGUACCUGGCGGUGUGUCUGGUAGUGGGCGCUCGACCCGCGGCCACCAUCACCUGGUGGAGUGGUCACCAGAGAGUACUUCAGGCCACGGUGUUGACCUCGGAGGACCAGAACGUGACCGCAAGUAGCGUUGUCUUCACCCCACGCCCGCAGGACAACGGGUCAUUCCUGCGAUGUAUAGCCGAGACUUUCGCCUUUCCUGCCACUCUGGAGGACACCUGGAACCUCACCGUGCUCUACGUUCCGCGGGCCCAGUGUGGGUAUGGAGCGUCGCUGGACGCUGACAACAUCAAGGAAGGGGAUGAUGUGUACUUUGAGUGCUCCCUGGACGCCAACCCACCCGCCACCCGCAUCUCCUGGCAACACAACAACAUGGCGCUGACUCAGAACGUGUCCGGAGGGGUGAUAAUGAGCAACCAGACGCUAGUGCUGCAGAAGGUGGGUCGGUGGCGCGCCGGUCUCUACUCCUGCCACGCCCACAAUGAUGUGGGCGUGGGCGUCUCCAGCCCACUCUCCCUCGAUGUCAAGUACGCGCCAGUGUGUUCCCUGGGCCAGGUCACAACCUACGCCGUUGAGCGGUACGAGGACGCCCAGGUCACGUGCUCUGUGGAGGCUAACCCCGCUCAAAAGUCCUUUCAGUGGACGUUCAACAACACAGCAGACACCAUCGAAGUCCCCCAAGGUCGCUACACCUCAUCCAGCAGUCACAGUGUCAUCACCUACACCCCCAUGACCCUUCUGGACUACGGUACUCUCCUCUGCUGGGCCGCCAACGAAAUUGGGAUACAGAGAGAGCCUUGCGUCUUCCACAUUGUACCGGCAGGAAAACCAGAAUCUCCUGGGAACUGCACAGUGGAGGGACUGACUCGCACCUCCAUCAGGGUGAGGUGUGAGGCAGGAGGCAGUGGAGGCCUCCCUCAGCACUUCCUCCUUCAGGCUACCAGUCUCCUCCAUCACCACCAAGGUGGCCUCCACCGCCUCAACCUCACCGCCCUCUCCACCCCAGACUUCACCGUGGAUGGGUUGCAGGAAGGAGGAAAGUACCGGCUAGUAAUUACGGCAGUAAAUGACAAGGGUGCCAGCAGUGGCACUCGCCUUACCAUCAUCAGUGCCGGCCCUGACGACCCUCUCUACCAGCUCCACGACGGUCCGCUGGAAGCCGAGGUACGCGACGGGGGACAGACAGCGACAGUGAACAAGGACCUCUCAACAGACGGAACCUCGCCUCGUUGGUGGACCAGCACUAUUGGCCCGCCGUCUCUCAUCCUUGGCGCCCUAGCCCUGGUCUCAGGGCUGGUCCUGCUGGCAAUCCUAGGACUGCUGUUCGUCACCAUCCACAGCAGGAGGGUGGUGGUGGUGGUGGAGACGGCGGCGACGACGACGCCUCGGCAGCUGCUGCCACUGUCUGAGACGCUUAUGCAUGCUGGUGCUGUGGUGGGUGUUCGGGCCGCUGUGACGAGUGCUGAGUACUGUAGCAGCGGGAGCUUCGUCGUGUCCCCUGGCGGUGUUGUACUGGUAAACACACGUUUUCUAACAAAUUUUCUCGCCCGACCACUUGAGCUAUACGGUAGAGCGUCGGUCUCGCUUCAUGCAGGUCGGCGUUCGAUUUCCGACCGUCCAAGUGGUUGGGCACCAUUCCUAUCCCUCGUCCCUGACUGUUAUCUUCCCCUUCUUGCGACACAUGAGCUUAUGUAG